GCCGGACUAAAAUGCGCUCACUAGUGGCUCUCCUGGUCUGCAGUAGUGCGGUCCUUGCCGUUCUUCAACUAUUAUCCUCCGAGCCGAAGCGCUUCAAGGCCAAAAAAACAUUUCGAAUUGUCAACAGCUCGAUGCUUCACAAUGCAUCCGCGAGAUAUACUUUUAGAACCCGCCCAUGUCGCUGGACACGUCGAACAGCAAUUUCGAUUGCCACCCGACCGAAAUCUUCCUUGACCUCUGGAAUACAGCGAUAUGGCUGUUCCAGAGCUUCUGCAACUUUUAUUCCAACAGCGUCGCGAUACUUGACAACAUCCACUCGAUCUGCUAUUCAAUCUCCCAAUGCCGGACAGUACAUUGAUAUUGAUGGUGAUACUAUCUAUGCUUUAUCGACGGGAGCAGGUGCGAGAGCGGGAAUUGCUAUCGUCAGGAUCUCAGGACCCGCAUGCCUUCAGAUCUACCGUGCUCUUUGUCCCGAGAAACCUCCUCCAAAAGCUCGCUAUGCUACUGUUCGAAUGCUCCACGACCCAUCAGACAAUGGUCUCAUCCUCGACUCCAGCGCAUUAGUCCUGUACUUUCCUGGUCCAAAGACGGUCACAGGAGAGAAUGUCCUAGAAUUGCACAUCCAUGGAGGACCAGCUACAGUCAAAGCGGUAUUAUCUGCAAUUCCACGAUGUUCACCCCAUACACGCAUGGCAGAACCUGGCGAAUUCACCAGACGCGCGUUCGAAAACGGCAGAUUGGAUUUGGUACAAGUGGAAACUCUCAGCGAUACAUUGGCAGCAGAGACUGAACAACAGCGGCGUGCUGCUGUGCGCGGUACCUCUCGCAAGCUAGGACGAUCAUAUGAUGGUUGGCGAGAGCAGCUUGUCUACGCUCGUGGAGAGCUGGAAGCUUUGAUCGAUUUCUCGGAAGAUCAACAUUUCGAUGAGUCACCAGCAGAGCUUUUGGCCGAUGUUAUAAAAAGUGUUCACGAAAUUGUGGGGACUAUCACCCAGCAUGAAUAUGCCAGUCAACGAGGCAAUUUAUUGCGGAGAGGUGUUGAGAUAGCAUUGAUUGGUCCACCGAAUGCUGGGAAGAGCUCUCUAUUGAAUUUGAUUGUGGGACGAGAAGCAUCUAUCGUGAGCUCAGAAGCUGGCACGACAAGGGACAUUGUUGAGGUUAGAUAUGACAUUGGAGGUUACUUGUGCACCUUUGCGGAUACGGCUGGGUUGAGAAAAGCCUCAAUUGAAGGCGGGCAGACAAGGACCGACAAUUUGGCAGGUUUCGAUAGAGAUUCGAAAACAUCUUCAAUGUUUGACAUUGUUGGGACAAUCGAGCAGGAGGGUAUCAAGCGUGCAAAGACAAGAGCUCAGGAAUCCGACCUCAUCAUCCUUCUCGCUUCGAUCGAACGAAACGAAUCAGCCGUUGGAACACGGUGGAGCAUAGAGUAUGAUGAAGAUACAUUGUUCCACAUCCUCGGGGACGUUGAUAAUCCUCCAAAACCAUCGAUUAUCGUGGUCAAUAAAUGCGAUUCGGCUCCUGCAAAUAUCAAACCUGAUUUACUACAAGGCUUCGAGAAUCACCUGCAAGAAAAACUUCCCACGGGCACAUUUCCAGCUAUUGUUGGUAUAUCCUGUUUGGAAGCAAUAACCCCUAAAAAUGAGCAGGACAAAGACCCAGGUAACAUUGGGACACUUACUGCACAACUCACGAAAGUGAUCGCGUCCAUGACAGAUCUUCCAGCCGAGCAAGAAGAUUUGAUAGGUGUGACGGAGCGGCAGAGACAACUACUUUCCGCCUGUAAAGGGCAUUUGAUGGAUUUUCUAUCCGAAACUAGCAGCGAUCAAUUGUCCAGUCUAGAAGGGGACAUGGAGGUAGAUGUUGUAUUAGCAGCCGAGCAUCUCCGCUCCGCGGCGGAUUGUCUCUCGCGCAUCACGGGCCGGGGUCUGGCGGGGGACGUGGAGGAGGUAUUAGGCGUUGUAUUCGAGAAAUUCUGCGUCGGCAAAUGAAGAAGAUCGGUAUUGUAGAGUGAAGGUGCAUUAAUCUAUUCUAAAAUUCUAGACCGAAAACGAAGGAAACCAAACUUUUCCC